UUUUUCUCAAUAACGUAUGAUAAAAGAAGCUAGAUACAUGUACUCGAUUUAAAAAAAUAUAAUAUUGAAAAAACAACUUGAUUACUAGGUACCUAGGCCUACCGUAGUGGCUAAAAUGAAAAGACAAGUUGUUGAAGUAAUGGCAGCUCUUUUACGUUUCACUGGAAUACAUUCGGAAGAAGGCAAAGCAACGACAUUGAACGAAUUGAGAAGAAUAUCAGUCUACGUAUUUUUUCUAUCCUACGGUUUCCUAGGCACGACGAUGUUUUCAAUAAAAAAUGGCGGAGAGUUCUACAACUUUGUCAUUCCGACUGCCUAUAUUGGAGCUUUAACGGUACUAAUGACGGGAGUACUCUGUUUAUUUCAUAAUAAAAAGAGAAUCUAUCGCAUGUUAAAGCAUUUGGACGAUAAUGUUUUUACAUAUUCAGACGAAGUGAAUAUUCAACCAAAAUACACGUGGCUUUUCGAUGAAAAAAAUAUCAUAACCAAGUUCAUAUUAGUCAUGUGUUAUGAGAUUACCGGUUACAUAUUUGUCUGCGGAUCUCCUUUCAUGGGAUAUUUUGUCACUGGUCACAUGAAACCCGAAAUUUAUCCUGGAUGGACUCCGUGGACAGUAAACGGAACGGUGACUUUUUGGAUGACAUACGUGUCGCAAGUCUGCGUCGUUACUACUUCAUUAUGGGGGUAUUAUAUAACCUUAACUUACGUUUUGUUUAUAAUUAUUGAAUUUAUCAAGCAAUACAAAAGGCUUGUCGUAGCUGUGUCCACAAUUAAUCUAAGAGCCGAGCGAUCAUUGCUUGAAAAACUGAAUUUUUCAAAUGCAUUCAAUGAAUCGGCAUUGGGAGACAUAACUUUUCAGCGAGCUAAUUUCCAUCAUAGCGAUAUCAAAAAGGAACACAUUGUUCUGUAUAAUAGAUUGGUUCGGGAAAACAUCAUAAUGUGCGUGAAACAUCAUCAAAUGUUGAAAAAAACUUUUAAUUUAUUUAAGCCAUGGUUUACCGUUGCAUUUUCUAUCGAAUUGGGAGCAUGCAUGUCGACUUAUGCUUUAGUAUUUUACUGUCUCUUAGAAGUAGGUUCGCUAGUUUUCCUUUUAAAAUCCUAAUUUAUCAAAAAAAUUACUUGCCAUCAUUAAAGCAUAAUACCUAAUUUGAAAUAUUUUUACAGGUAAGUGAUUUCGAAAGAUUAGCAAGUUUGAUUGGUGUUGCCUUUGUCGCUAUUGCAAAUCUUUUCGCGAGAUGCGUGAUAGGAGAAAUCUUCUCU